AUAACAGGUUGAUCAAUGACCACCACGAGAAAGCCGACCGGGUUUGUCAAAUAUUACCUUGUCACGUACAACGUCCUCUCCACUCUUGGCUGGUCAUGGAUCCUCAUUCUCACCCUUGUCCACUUAUUCAACCUUGACCGUAAAUCUGCCGCCAUCCAGCCAAGCACUGUCUCCGCCUUUUCUCGCUUCCUCUCCUUCGUCCAUGCUGACAAAAUUUAUCCUUCCUAUAUCGAGACCCAGCUACCGACUUUGCUGCAGCCCAUCUACCGUCGUGCGACAACGACGUACUGGCGAGUCGGAACCAUCACCGCGUUCGUGCAGUCAUGCGCCAUCCUCGAGGUCGUCCAUGUCCUGCUCGGUUGGGUGCGCAGUCCACUGUCAACGACGGCCAUGCAAGUUGCCAGCAGACUGUACGCCAUUUGGGGCGUCACCGAGCCAUUCCCAUCUGUCUGCUCGAAUCCUCUCUACACGACCAUGGUGUUCGCCUGGUCUGCCACGGAAGUCGUCCGUUAUUCUUUCUAUGCAUUCACCCUCCUUGGUCAUGAGCCCAAACAGCUCCUCUACCUCCGUUAUACCCUCUUCUAUGUCUUAUAUCCUCUCGGCGCUUCCUCUGAAGCAUUCCUCAAUUACGCUACACUUCCCGCUUCCUCCCCCAUACCUAGCUGGUUGUCAUGGGCGCAGGGUAUGUGGAAACCCACAGACUACAUUCGUGGUCUUUUGUUCUUGAUCUGGUGGCCAGGUCUCUAUGUCAUGUACACGCACAUGAUUGUCCAGAGACAAAAAGUUCUGAGGCCGAGGAAAGGCACAAAGGCAAAUUAAUUUGCUACAAGUAGGAUAGAGUAACUCUCAGAGCCCCGCAUUCAACUUGGACUUGUAUAAUUUCCUGAUUGAUGCUUUUCGCAAACCCGAUACGAGCUUUCCCUUUUCGCAGCCCAUAAUCGAACGUGGUGUAAUCUGUUCACGUCCUUUCAGUAAUAUCUCCACGGAAACCAAAAUACGUACACAAUCUUGAAAAUCUUGUUAGCGUAAACCAAUAAAAAUAAUCUCAUUUAUGAUUACCA